UCCACACAUAAAGAUAACGUCACCAAAAGAUGACGUGUGUCAUAAGUGUGAGCAGUUGCGACAUAGUGUAAUGGAUUCUGUGACGGAGCAAGCAAAACUUGAUGCAGCAAAUUGUCUCCGGGAGCAUGUGCAGGAUGCUCAAACAGAACGUCAGGCGUACAUGACAGCGGUUAUUCAAGCGAGAGAAGAGAUGGUAGGUUACACCCGACCGACAAUACCCGUUGCACCAAUUUCCACAGAGUUCAGUAAGGUUCAUAUCACUUUUGACUACAGUCAGAGUGUGACAAUCCCUCAUCACAGUCGACAGAUGGGACCCAUGUACUUUGUAACAGGCAGGAAAAUAAAUAUGUUCGGUAUCCGCAUUGACUCUACAAGUGAGCAGUUCAACUACUUAAUAGAUGAAGAUCAGUCUAUAGGUUUAGAUGGAACUGGGACACAUGGACCGAAUUCAGUAUUAAGCAUGCUCCAUCAUUGUUUACAGAAUUACGGAUUUGGCGAGAAAGGACUUUAUCUUCAUGCAGAUAAUUGCGAAGGUCAAAAUAAGAAUAGAUACACACUGGCGUAUCUUUGUUGGAGAGUAAACAGAGGGUUACAUGAACACAUUCAAUUGAAUAUGGCUAUUCCCGGGCAUACAAAGUGUCUUGUCGAUGGUGGCUUCGGGCGAAUUAAAAAACUAUUCAAGAGGUCUGAUUGCGAGAGUCUGAGUCAAUUCGCAGACAUUGUGGAUAAAUCGGCAAGGAACAAUUUCCCUGUUUUAUAUCGAAAUGAAAACAAUGAUCAAACAUGGAAAUGGUAUGACUGGAAGUCGUAUUUGACGCGAUAUUUCCUACAAGUGAAAGGCAUACAGAAAUAUCACUGCUUCAGAUUUUCUGCUGCAGACAAGUCGGCUGUGUUUGUAAAGGAAAGAACAGAUAGCGAGGAGAUUAGAGUUCCGCUGAUAAGACGUAAUACUGAAGUUCUAACAACAACCUUUCACGAGGUCAUACAGCCCGCUGGAUUAAGUUGUACACGGCGCGAAUAUUUAUACCGUAACGUUAGAAAAUAUGUGCGUCCUGCAUACCAAGAUGCCACGUGCCCGCCAUACACUGAAGAGUGAUUCACGCUGCAUGCAUACAGACUGACUGAUGAAUUUUGUUAUUGUUUUCAAGUUCAGUUGUUACCAUUUUUUAUAAUUAAAGUUUUGCUUUUAACAUUAUUAGGGCCAAGUCUUAUAAUUAUAACAUGUAAUUGUUUUACAUGUUUUAUUCAAGAAUACGAUAAUUUUGAAAAUAGUGUUAUAAAAUAGUUUUUAAAUUAUAUUUUAAUAUCUUACUUUUAUAUAUUUUAGUAUUAUUCUAGUAAGUGCAAAAUUAAAACUUUUGAAACACUUGACUUCAUUUGUUAUCUGCUAAACUACAUUUGACGUCGUCAUAAUUAUUAUGACGUUACGUAAAUCUGUCGUUGACGUUGCAUUAAUGUCCUCUUUUAAACCUCUAUAUCUCAAAAAGUAUUUGCAAUAUCAAUGUGAAAUAAAGUGCAUCGUGCACAAUAAUGCAUGUCCUAAAAUAUUAGCCAUAAAACUAAAAAUCGAUAAAAAUUGCCCGAGUGCCCCUUUUCUCGUGGCGGCGGCCAUUUAUGUUAUUAAAUGCUACAGCUGCUGUAAACAUUUCUGGUUCAAAUUUAUUAAUUCAUGUUUGUUUGUAUAACAAGCUUGAAAAUAUUUUCACACAUAUUUGUAAUUAUGUUAUCAGGCCGGGCUUAGGGGGACGAGGCCCCCUAAAAAUAUGUCAAAGAUGGCAUAUUGAGGGUAAAAUAUUAGCAAAAACUUGCUCAAGAUAAAUGUAAUUCUCUUUAUCCUUGUAUUUUAGAGCCUUGAACACCACUGAGUUUCCUGUUAGUCAAAUCACUGUAUACUGUAACAGGGUCAUAUUUUCGUGCUUUAAAUAUAGUUGUGUUGAUUUCAGUUACUUCCUUUGGAUUAUUAUUUUUAAUUGUUUUUUUAACCAAUCAGAUGAUCGCUUUGAAUUUCCCUCCAAAUGUGUUUAGUUUGAUGAUAUUGCGGCAGUUGAAAAGUGUUUUCAAUAGAGAAUAAUUGGGCUUAUGAUAUGUUUUAUUCGUUUUAAGGAUUUUGAAUAAGUAUUAUGGUAUAUUUUAAAGUUUAUUGUUGGGCAAUAACUUCUGUAUUUCAUGUCAACAGUGUAAAUUUAUCUGAGAAGUAAAUUCAUGAUUUUCAUGUAUUUAGAGUUUGAGUAAAUAAUUGAGAUGGUUCAGAAAUAGCAUUCCUUUUUAACUUCACUUAACUCUUUGUCAUUGUUCUUAAUAAUAUGCAUUCCUUUUUAACUUCACUUAACUCUUUGUCGUGCACAUUGUUCUUAAUAAUAUGCAUUCUUUAUUUGAUAAUUUGCAGCACCCAGUCACUGCGUGAAUGAAGUGUUUGUUGAUUGGAGUAAAGUUAAUUGGAUGGUUUGAUAUUGUUUAGAGCAUACAAUUCCACAAAUUGGAAAGUCAUCGUUAUAUAUUAUAAUUAUGUGUUAUUAUGUGUAAGCUAUUGCUGUAACUUUUAACUGACCAUUUAUUGUGUAUAUGUAAUGUAACUGUAAUAUAUUUUAAUGUUAUUUGAUAUUAUUGUUAAGGGUUAAGAAAAAGCCACUAGAACCACUUAAUAAUAAGUAUCAAAUGUGAACAAUUGAUCAUUAUGGUUUAAUGUGUUUUUAACAUUAUAUAUUGUGAAUUAGAGGGAGAUAACCCUGCAAAAAUCAGACAUUAAGUGAAUAGGCAUUUAGUGACAUUUUGUUUGUUUUCAGUGUGCUGGAAUUGUUAACUUAGUUAUCUAGUUGCCUGUUGAUAAAAAUGGAAGCAAAGUGCAGGAACAGUGAAUUUAUGAAGGAAGUAAUUUCAACUGAACAUCAGAGAAGGAACAGUUUCACUUGUGUAGACAGUCUACUCAGGAGCCAACAGUGUAUCUGACAGUUUUUGGUGCAUGAAUUAUGUGUGGUUUAUAAAGGUGUGGUCUAAU